CUGGAGCUUGAGGCGCGCAGGGCCGGAGACGCUGCAGACCCGGGACCCCGAGCAGCUCGGAGGCGGUGAAUAAUAGCUCUUCAAGUCUGCAAUAAAAAAUGGCGUCCAAUAAAACUACAUUGCAAAAAAUGGGAAAGAAACAGAAUGGAAAGAGUAAAAAAGUCGAAGAGGCAGAACCUGAAGAAUUUGUGGUAGAAAAAGUACUGGACCGACGUGUAGUGAAUGGGAAGGUGGAGUAUUUCCUGAAGUGGAAGGGAUUUACAGAUGCAGACAAUGCUUGGGAACCCGAAGAAAAUUUAGAUUGUCCAGAGUUAAUUGAAGCAUUUCUUAAUUCUCAAAAAGCUGGUAAAGAAAAAGAUGGAACAAAAAGAAAAUCUUUAUCUGACAGUGAAUCUGAUGAUAGCAAAUCAAAGAAGAAAAGAGAUGCUGCUGAUAAACCAAGAGGUUUUGCCAGAGGUCUUGACCCAGAGCGAAUAAUUGGUGCCACAGACAGCAGUGGAGAAUUAAUGUUUCUCAUGAAAUGGAAAGAUUCAGAUGAGGCGGACUUGGUGCUGGCAAAGGAGGCAAAUAUGAAGUGUCCUCAAAUUGUAAUUGCUUUUUAUGAAGAGAGACUAACUUGGCAUUCUUGUCCAGAAGAUGAAGCUCAAUAAUUGUUUGCAUUGCUUUUUAUAUAUAUUUAUAUAUAUAUAUAAAAUCUGGGUCUUGGUCUUUUGAUUUAUUAGUGUGAAGA